CCCUUCUGAUACAGUCUAGCCAGUACUAUCCGAAAGAAAAUGUCACAAUUCGAGCCGCCAAAUGGUGGCUGGCUGGGGUGGAGCCAAGUUACCGCUUCAUUUCUCGCCAAUGUAUGCACACUCGGCUUGAGUAACUCCUUUGGUGUUUUCCAAUCCUACUACGAACAUAACACCCUCAACUCUUAUUCAUCCUCUCAUAUCUCAUGGAUUGGAACUACGCAAGGGUUCCUGCUCAGCAUCAUCGGAAUCAUCAGCGGCCCUCUAUACGACAGAGGUUAUAUCAGACAUUUAAUGUACGCCGGAUCGAUUUUGAACGUCAUCGGCCUACUAGGAACUAGCUAUUCGGAAAAUUAUAGCUUGAUCUUUCUCUCGUACGGUGUAGCAUUAGGUCUUGGAUGCGGUGCCCUUUACGUGCCAGCACAAGCAACAAUACAGACCUACUUCACCACAAGGGCCUCUCUCGCCAAUGGAAUUUCUAUGGCUGGUUCGAGUUUUGGCGGAAUUAUAUAUCCGAUCAUCUUUCGACAACUAGAACAAAGCAUUGGAUUUCCAGGGACUUGUCGCACAUUAGCUCUAAUUAAUGCUGUUCUUUUGGUGAUCUCUUGUCUUCUCAUCAAGCCGAGAGGGAGAGCAGAUGAAUCAUCGAAAGUGGGCUCAUUCGACUGGCGAUCGUUAUGGAACCGGGAUUUGUGGUUACUCGGCAUCUGCGUUCUCUUACUAAACGCGGGAGUAGAUGUGCCCUACUACUACAUCUCAACAUUCGUUCAAGAGAGGCUUCACCAAUCUGCUGGAGCAGGAGACAGCUUACUAGCCGGCAUGAAUGGAUCAUCGCUAGUUGGUCGCUUGGCUCUUGCGUACUUGGCAAAAUAUCUGAAACCUAUCAAGAUUUGGCAAUCCACAAUCCUGGGAGCCUGCAUACUCUUAUUUUGCUGGUCCUCGGUAGAGAGCCUCGCGGGGAUGAUCACAUUUGUUAUCCUAUACGGAUUUCACGUAGGGGGCUUGAUCGUCUUGAUCCCAUCUUGUGUGCGACACAUCUGCCCAGACCCGGAUGUCCUUGGGGCCCGGUUGGGCUUCGUCGAAGCUUUUCAGGGAGUAGGCUUUCUAAUAGGCCCUCCCAUCGCCGGAGCAAUCUUAGAAACAUCAUCGGGUUACCUCGGCGUGAGUCUAUUCUGCGGAAUACUCUACUUUGCACUCUUCUUGGCAGUGGGAUUUUUCACAUGGCGGAAAGGGUUUAAAUUGCCGUUAUGAGAAGAUCGUCGAUAAGAUAGAUCGGAGUUUCUAGAGACAAUGCGAAGUGAGCGGAAACAAUAGUAAAAGGAGAGUGCUUACGCGAUACGCUAGUUAAAUAAAGAAGUUAUUUUCUAUUAUUUCCAUGCAAGUAUCAGAGGUGUCUUAAAUAUUUUUAGAGAAUAAUCACAAAGGAUUAUGCCUCAGUGAUUGAGAUUUGAAAAGCCCUGGCAAGAAUAUUACAUAAGCGAACCCCCCUUUAAAUGACUUCCAGUUGAGAGGGGAACAUUCUUUGGAUUUGAGCAAAGUGAGUCCACCAAAUAUCAAGAUUAACAUCGUUGACAUUUGUAACUUACUGCUAAUUCGAUUCUCGAGAAAAAGGCAUUUAACCGUAUGCUUAACGCACAAGCAAAUUUCAGCAGGUGAGGUGGAGGUGGAGGUGCGCCAACUACCCCCAGAUAGCACUUUAAUUGGAUCAGAUUUGAUCAUGUCCCAAGCUUCGC